GAGUAAAAUCGCCAUCAAACUUAUCGUUUCGCCAUCAUCUACUUGCAUAUCUGGCGACAUUGGUAAUGACAAUUAAAAAAGGAAAAAAAGUAGCCUUCGAGUAAAUGACAAGAAAAAGUUAUUAUUGCACGCUUGAAGUACCCGGUGGCUCUAAGAAUGACCCCCAUCACUUCCUUCCAGAACCAGAUAAAGAGACGACACAUGCCUGUGUCCUAGUCUUCGUUCAGUCAUCAUGACAGCAUCCGUGACGAUGUUGGUGCUCUUCCUGAUCGUCUUUGCACUGCAUUUAUCAUCCCGCGGCACCGGGCACGUGGUUUAUUCCUCCAAAUAUUACCCCUAUCCGCAGAAGAUGCCGAGUUCUGAGGUUUAUCCUGGUCGUUAUCUGGGUAAAGGCACGGUUUCUUACCUAUUUGGAGGGAGGGAUGUAGAGUUGUACUGCUCUUUUCGAGAUCCUGGAAUUUAUCUGGUGUCCAAUAUCAUAUGGGUGAAGAUUGACGGACCCUACCCUUACUAUCAUUAUCCUCCUCCUUAUCACUGUCCCUACUGCAAAUACAGGACGUUCUCUGCCGAUGACUAUCGUUACGACGUAUACCAACAUCAAGGAAAGUCUAUUUUACGUAUACGCGACUUCAGAUCCAGCGACCAAGGAAUAUACAGAUGCAGCGCUACAUCUCAGUAUCCUUAUGGAAGAUACACCGAAACUGUUUAUAAAAUUGUCAAGGUUUGAGAAGUCCGUUAACAAUUUACGAAUCCUUAAAGGAUCAAUUUUAAUUGGGGAGUGGUUUCUGGGUUUAUUGCUCUUUAUUCCUAUCUGAGUGAUGACAUUAUGAUAUACUGGACCUCGGGAUACUGAUCUGUAACUAACUUCCUCCGAAUGAAAUUAAAGAAUGAGGGACUGGACAGAUGUUAAUUUUGAAAUUAUCAUUCCAAAGAUAUUAAAAGUAUUGUUAACAAUAAAAAUUA